CGUUGAUCGUGAAUUUUCCGCUUGUCUGUUUAUUUCGUUUGUUUCGAAUUCUGAUGAGUUUUUCAAAUGGCGAACCCGUGGAUUCGGAUAUUAGCUAUGCAGCUUUUCGUUAUCAUUUCAUUGAUUUUGCGUUCCGCGUUUGGUUCCUUGUCCGAUUUUUCGAUUAUUGAUUACCACUCUGACAACUCGGAUCUCGUCCGCAGCGAUUACUCGCCGCCGGCGCCACCGCCGCCGUCUCCUCUGCCGCAUCCUCCUUCGCUCACGUGCGAGUCACUGGAUGGAAUCGGGUCCAUCAACACCACGUGCGAGCUCAAUUACAGCUUGAACCUUACAGGGGAUGUGUACAUUGAGGGGACUGGGAAUUUGUUCAUUCUCCAAGGAGUGGUUUUGAGUUGCCCUAUUUUUGGGUGUUCGAUUCAGAUUAACAUCACUGGAGAGUUUAGUCUGGGAUCCAAUGCUCAUAUUAUAGCUGGAUCAGUGUAUAUAGUUUCGGGGAACACCACUAUGUUGGGCGGUUCAAUGAUUAAUACCACGGCAUUGGCAGGUGAUCCGCCCGAUCAUUCCAGGGGGAUACCGAAGGAUUACGAGGGUGGGGGUGGUGGUCAUGGUGGUAGAGGGGCCAGCUGUUUGAUGGAUAGUAAGAAGCUUCCAGAGGACGUGUGGGGAGGGGAUGCAUAUUCAUGGAAGUCAGUAGACAAACCCUUCAGCUUUGGGAGUAAAGGCGGCAGCACAAAUAAUGAUGAUGAUUUUGGAGGGAAAGGGGGUGGGAGGAUACGGUUGGAGUCAAGAGACACUGUAGAUGUCCAGGGGUUGCUUUUGGCUGAUGGUGGAGAUGGUGGGAUCAAAGGAGGUGGUGGCUCAGGGGGGAGUAUUUUCAUCAAGUCCAAGAAAAUGACAGGAAGUGGUGGAAUAAGUGCUUCUGGUGGCAAUGGAUUUGGUGGAGGAGGAGGUGGAAGAAUUUCUAUAAACUCAUUUAGUAGGCAUGAUGAACCUGUAAUCUAUGUUCAUGGGGGAAGAAGUUUUGGCUGUCCUGCAAACUCAGGUGCCGCAGGGACUUUCUAUGAUGCUGUCCCACGAAGAUUAGUAAUCAAUAAUUACAACAUGUCGACAGACACAGAUACCCUUCUCUUUGACUUUCCUAAUCAGCCACUCUGGACAAACGUUUAUAUACUAAAUCAAGCCCGUGCUGCUGUUCCUUUGCUUUGGAGUCGUGUCCAGGUGCGAGGACAGUUUAGCUUAUCCAGUGGCGCCAUUUUAACUUUUGGGCUUGUGCAUUUUGCCUUAUCAGAAUUUGAGUUAAUGGCAGAGGAGCUAUUAAUGAGCGACUCAAUAAUCAAGGUCUAUGGGGCUUUACGGAUGUCUGUCAAAAUCCACUUGAUGUUGAAUUCAAAAAUGCUUAUAGAUGGUGAAGGUGAUGCAACUGUUGCAACAUCUGUACUUGAGGCUAGCAAUUUAGUGGUUCUCAAGGGAUCUUCCGUUAUACAUUCUAAUGCUAACUUGGGAGUUCAUGGACAAGGUUCAUUGAACUUAUCGGGACCUGGAGAUCUUAUUGAAGCUCAGCAUUUGGUUUUAUCACUGUUUUACAGCAUUAAUGUUGGUCAAGGAUCCAUUUUGCGAGGUCCAUUGGAGAAUACAAGCAUCAAUAGCAUUGCACCACGGCUUUGUGAAGAACUCCAAAAUUGCCCCAUCGAGUUGCUUCAUCCACCUGAAGAUUGCAAUGUUAAUGUCUCAUUAUCCUUUACUCUUCAGAUAUGCCGCGUAGAAGAUAUAUUUAUCGAAGGCUCUAUUGAGGGUUCUGUCAUUCAUUUUCAUUGGGUUAGAGCGGUGGUUGUAAAGCCUUCCGGAAUUAUUAGUGCUUCUGGUUUAGGUUGCAUUGGUGGGUUAGGAAGUGGUCAGCUCUUGCCUAGUGGUCUUAGCGGUGGUGCUGGACAUGGUGGAAGAGGUGGUGAUGCAUAUUUUAAUGGGACCUAUGUGGGUGGUGGUCUUACAUAUGGUGAUGCUGAUUUGCCUUGUGAACUUGGUAGUGGAAGUGGAAACUCAAGUCUACAGGGUGCUACUGCUGGGGGUGGAAUACUUGUUAUGGGUUCAUUGGAGCACUCUCUUUCAAGUUUGGCAGUAUAUGGUUCAAUUCAAGCUAAUGGAGAAAGCUUUGGCAAAUUUAUAAGAGAGGAUGGCAGUGAGGUCUUUUCAGAAGUAGGUCCUGGGGGUGGCUCUGGUGGAACGAUACUUCUGUUCAUUCAUUCGUUGGUUCUCGGUGAUUCUUCUACUAUCUCAGCUAUUGGAGGUCAUGGUAGUUCUAAUGGUGGCGGUGGAGGUGGUGGGAGAAUUCACUUUCACUGGUCGGAGAUUUCUGUUGGAGAUGAGUAUGUACCUGUAGCAAAUGUGAAAGGAACUAUUCUUGGAAGUGGAGGAGUUGGAAGAGAUCUCGGGAAAGCGGGAGAAAAUGGAACUAUCAGUGGUAAAGCAUGCCCGAAGGGGCUUUAUGGAAUAUUUUGUCAGGAAUGCCCCAUUGGAACAUAUAAGAAUGUGAGUGGAUCUGAUAGAUCACUUUGUCGUACAUGUGAACCAUACGAGCUUCCGCACCGUGCAGCGUAUGUUGUAGUUCGAGGUGGUGUAACCAACACUCCUUGUCCAUACAAGUGCAUUUCCGACAGAUAUCACAUGCCAUUUUGUUUUACGGCACUCGAAGAGCUGAUUUACACUUUCGGUGGACCAUUGCUGUUUGGUAUAAUUCUAUUUAGUCUUCUUGUCCUGUUAGCCCUUGUUCUCAGUGUUGCUCGAAUGAAGUUUAUUACUUCCGAUGAACUGCCUGGCCCAGUGCCAGCUCGCCGUGGAUCUCCAAUUGACCGUUCAUUCCCAUUCUUGGAAUCGUUGAAUGAGGUGUUGGAAACUAGUAGAACUGAGGAAUCCAGUACACAUGUCCACAGGAUGUAUCUUUUGGGUGCCAACACUUUUAGUGAUCCUUGGCAUCUUCCUCAUUCUCCCCCUAAAGAAGUAACCGAAAUUGUGUAUGAGGAUGCAUUUAACAUAUUUGUGGAUGAGGUUAAUAGUUUAGCUUCUUAUGAGUGGUGGGAAGGGUCCAUCUUUAGUAUCCUUUCAAUUCUUGGGUACCCUCUGGCAUGGUCAUGGCUGCAGUGGCGUCGGAAGAAGAAAAUACAACGUCUACGUGACUUUGUUCGAUCAGAAUACGAUCAUGCUUGUUUGCGGUCCUGCCGCUCACGUGCACUGUAUGAGGGUCUCAAGGUGUCCGCCUCUUCAGAUCUUAUGCUAUCAUAUAUAGACUUUUUCCUCGGUGGAGAUGAAAAGAGAGGGGACAUGCCUCCCCGCCUUCAUCAACGGUUUCCAAUGUCUAUAGUUUUUGCUGGAAAUGGAUCAUACAUGGCUCCUUUUUAUGUUCACGGUGAUAACAUUCUAACGAGCCUUAUGAGUCAGUCAGUUCCACCUACACUAUGGCACCGUCUGGUGGCUGGUUUGAAUGCUCGACUUCGUUUAGUUCGUUGUGGACACCUAAGAGCUACCCUUUCCCCAAUUGUUAAUUGGCUUGAAACCCAUGCAAAUCCAUCUCUACGUGCACAUGGCAUACACAUCGAUUUAACUCGCUUUCAACCGUCAGCCAGUGGUUAUCAUCAGUUUGGACUUCUGCUCUGCGCUGUGGACAAUGAACUCAUGCCAUCAUCCACUGAAACCCCAAGAAAAUCUCUUACAAAUGAGAAACAAUCACAGUUGCCUGGUACUCGUUGGAGGAGAGCAUUUGAUCUUGUUAGAGUUAAUGAACACGCUCUGACACAGAAAAGGGCACUACCUGGAGAAAUUUUGAAUUCUAGGAACCUGAGAACACUUAAAGAGAAAUUUACCAUAGGCUAUCUCUCCUAUUAUAUAGUGCGUAAUACUAAACCUAUUGGCCAUCAGGAUCUUGUUGGUUUGGUCAUCUCAAUACUCCUCCUGGGAGAUUUUAGCUUGGUCUUACUAACUUUACUUCAGUUGUAUUCUAUCUCCCUCCUAGAUGUGGUUUUGGUCUUGUCUAUUAUUCCACUCGGCAUUCUUCUUCCUUUCCCAGCAGGAAUUAAUGCAUUGUUUAGUCAUGGGCCUAGGCGUUCAGCUGGCCUUGCACGAGUUUAUGCUCUAUGGGAUAUCAUCUCGAUCAUCAAUGUUGUGGUCGCUUUAUUAUGUGGAUUUGUUCAUUUUGAGAACCAAUCCUCAUCAAGCAAAAAGCAUUUAAACAUCCAAUCCUGGAAUUUUAGCAAGGAUGAAACUGGAUGGUGGAUGCUGCCUUUGGGACUCGCUCUAAUAAAAACCGCCCAAGCUAAACUCAUUAACUACCAUGUGGCUAACCUUGAGAUUCAGGACCGCACAUUGUACAGUAAUGACCCCGAUGUGUUUUGGCGCUCAUGAAUGACGACACGUACGUAGUUCUGUUCUUUGCUCGUUCGUUCAUUCUUCCUUCCUUCCCUGGCUAUGCGCUUGUUUUGGUGAAGCAGCAGGGGUGGGUAGCAUUUGAGUUUGAUGACGUUUUGCCUGGGCCAUUUUAGUUACCCAGACUCUCAUCAUUGUACAGUUGACAAACUUUUUGCCAAUCCAUUUGCUGAAAACAUUAUUUUAUCUUAAUCUAUAUGCCAAUAAAAGUGAUUUGUUUCA